AUGCCAGCAACACAGGAGUCUCAAAUUCAAUUUUGGGGAGUAAGACCGUUUUCAAUCAUUGGUUCUUACCCCACAAACCUGUGGAGACAAAGACGUGACGCUGAGGAAGUUAACAGACAAAACAGACAACACGCGAAAAAGCAGGCGUUUUUUGAGAAACACCAUCUUGAUCAAAACCAAGCGGAACUCUACAUACUGGCGACUUCGUCCGAAAACAGCACGGAUACCGUAAAAAACGGAUUCUGUAGAGUUUCUUGGUCGCGUCUUUCUAUUCCUGAAAAAAGUGAUCAAAUCGCUGAUGCACAUUCUAAAUUCAGGUGUACGCUGGCAUUUCAUUACCUAAUGCACUGCCCCGAUUCUAGAUAUAGUUACUUUGUUAAUCUAAGAGAUGUUUACUUGCUUCAAGAAAAAGAACUUAAUCUUCCCUUUGAGUGGUCAUUUCCGAAACCUCAGUGGCUUUCACAAGCCCAAGACAUCUCUGGGAAAGGACCUACUGAAUUAGCAACUUUAGAAACUCUAAAUAUCGUUCAUAUUUUAGAGCAAACAGUUCGAGGCUAUUUGAUGGGGACUAACUGCAACCGAUGGACUAAUCAUAUCUUUAACUAUAACUUCAGUAGGACUCAAUCCAACGUCAAAAACUUUUUCUAUCGUUUGGAGUUCCAAGGAAGAGGAACGCCUCACGUCCACGUACUUGUCUGGCUCGAUAAUCUUGCCACCGUCCAGACUAAUCUCAUUAGAGCGGACAUUCCUUGGAGUAAUCCUGAUCUAGCUUUUCAGUCUGCAGAUUUACAACCUUCCUCUAAAGACGCAUUUCCUCUAAACGAAAAUCCAAGCACCGUUACGAUCAAUCAUCGAAGGGAACGUCAGCUUUCUCUAUAUCAUCCCAUAGAUGCUUUCACAAUGAAUCUUAGAGCUUAUCUCUCAACACUUUUGCCCUUCUUGAGGUGUCGUAUGGACGUUCAGGUCACUGACCAUAGAUCUAUGAUCCUCAAUUAUGUCACAUCAUACGUUUCCAAGUUUCAUGACGAGGGCGUGCGAAGCGCAUUGUACUCCAGACACGUUACACCAUACAUGGCCGCCUAUCGUCAUAUAGCAGACAUGAAACCUUUGGAACCAGAAAUGGUCAUUUCCUUGUCUCAUCAUAAGCCAGCCUGGACAAAAAACAACACCAAAAGAUAUAUUCCACCUCGACCUGAAAAUGCCAAGGAUAGUGCUCUUAUUCAGAAAUAUCUACGACGUUCUCCAGAUUUACACGACCUUUCUCUACUGGAAUGGCUACGAACACAUGACACAAACAAAGCUCUUCCCACUCCUUAUAAAAGGGGCAUUGCUCUAGUUGGAGUCAAGUUUGUCUCUGUUUUCAAUGUUGACUUCUUUUUUCAAUAUGUUCUUUUGAAUGUUCCUUUUUCCAGUUUGGAGGCACUCAGACAUCCAGACCAUGAUCGAAUUCCACAAGAUUUGCAAUGGUACGCAGCAGCAGCUACAUUGAAGCAUGAUCUAUGGUCUUCUGAUGACAACAUUUUUGACUUAUUUAGCAAACAAGGAAACAAACAUCAUUUCGUUGCUAAUGUCAUUGCAUAUUUUGGUCGUACAGCCGUUACAUUCACGUUACAUCAACAACAUCGAUGUAGCGAUGAAAUCUACAAUGAUAUUCUUAACCAUCUUCGCCAUUGGAAGCCUACUCCUGCCAUUUUAUCUACUCUACAUGCUAACAACCUUCUCAAUCAGAGCUCUACCAUUUAUGACAGUCAGAUUAUCCAAGCUGUUACAAAUAAUGCUUCUUCAACAGUGUUGACUGUUUCUAGAGCGGCUGCUAAGAGAGUGAACAACGUCAUCAUUUCUCACUUUUUCAAUUCUAUGAAUCCGCUCGGACAUAUUCUUUUCGACGAUGGUGAUCUUUCUCCAGUUUUCCGAAACAUGAAGAUUAUCAUAACCAAAAACAUCAACAAGCAAAAAGGAUUGGUCAACGGUCAACCCGGCAAGGUCCAUCUCAUGCGUGGAGACACUCUUCAUAUUCGUCCAUGA